GUGUGUGCGUGUACGUGUACGUGAGUGUGUGUGUGUGUGUGUGUCCGCGCGUUUGUACGCGAAGUGUCUCGUGCGAGGCCGUCCGCGCUUAUCUCGUCAAAGGUUGUUAUUCUGUCCGUUUCGUCCGUCAACACGAACUACAAUACGAAUAAAAAAAAAUAAUCGCAGUUCGAGUUCCGGUACAGUCUGUCCGCCGAUUUUUUUUUUUUACUAACACCCGUGUGUCCGGCGAUUUCCGUGCGCCGAUAACAUAUAUGUUUUAAACGGACCGGAACGGACGCCCCGAACCAACUAUGGAAGCCACCGCCAAGCACGACUUCAAAGCCACGGCGCCCGAUGAAUUAAGCUUCAAAAAGGGUAGCUUGCUCAGGGUGAUCAACAUGGAAGACGAUGUAAAUUGGUUUCGGGCUGAGUUUGAGGGCAAAGAAGGACUAAUACCUAGCAAUUAUAUAGAAAUGAAAAAUCAUGAUUGGUACUAUGGUAAAAUUACUCGAGCUGAUGCUGAGAAAUUAUUAGACCAACAGCCUGAGGGUUGUUUUCUAGUACGAAUAAGUGAGAGUUCACCUGGAGAUUUUUCAUUAUCCGUCAAAUGUGGUGAUGGUGUCCAACAUUUCAAAGUUUUACGAGACGCACAAGCAAAAUUUUUCUUGUGGGUUGUGAAAUUUGAUAGUUUAAAUGAAUUAGUUGAUUAUCAUCGAGAAUCAUCUGUUUCCCGUUCACAAGAUGUUAGACUUAGGGAUAUGCCAGCAGCAACUCAAAAUGGGUUUAACCAAAAACCGACUCUGGUGAUUGGGAUGUAUGACUUUACACCUCAAGAAGAUGGAGAAUUAGCAUUUAAACGAGGAGAUGUGAUUACUGUGACGAAUCGCACUGAUGUCAAUUGGUGGCGAGGUGAGAUUGGCACCAGAGAAGGACUGUUCCCAGCUGCGUACGUUUCUCCUUAUCAUGCCCCUUAAUCUACAGUGUUCUUAAUUGUAUGGAAUGUAUUUACUACUAUAUGAAACUGUGUAUUUACUACUGUAGAAAAUACGUGACCAUGAAAUAGACUUAACAAUUCUAGAUUUUUCUUUCGGAAUCAGAUAAUUUAUUGAAGUGAAGAAGAAGUCAAUAAUUAUUUAGAUACUUAAAUUUGUUUAGGUUUUUCAAGUUUUGUUAUUAAUUAAUUCAUUGAUAUAUUAACUUAAUUUUUUUUGCUUAUCCAUAAAUUUUUAUUCGUUAAUAUGUACAAAGUUAAUACAUUAUGAAUCAAAAUGAUAAAAUGUUACCUACCAUUCUAACUUAACAAAUGUUAAAAAGUAUUUUUUACUUUUAAGAACAUAAAAAAAAAAACAAUUUUGACAUGUGAUGAUAACUAUUGAAUAUGAACUAUUAAUUUUCAUGUUAGUUAAAUGUUCAUUAAUUUAUAGACCUUUUUUUUGGAAAUUAUUAUUUUGAUUUAUAUGUAUGAGUUUUUUACUCACAUGCUUUAGUGUACAUUUAUAACAUAAACAUUGCUUUGAUAACCUGCUAUUAUUUAUAAUAUACAAUAAUAGUUCUGAAUAUUAUGAUUAAUAGCUUAAACAUUAAAAUAAUACCUAUGAACAAUAAGUCAAUAAACAGAGAUAUAGGUUAAUUAUUCAUAAAAAUUAAAGUUACAUAACAGUAUCCAUUUAU